GGUGUGUAUAUAAUACAAAUUAACUAAUACUGUAAAAUGAUGUGUUAUUUUAUAAAGCUAUAUGGGUUGGUUAUUUUAGGACGCGCUCUCACCUGUUGGUAGACGUUGUCAUGGUGACCAUUUUUUGGGUUUCCCCAAUCGUGACGUAGGGGGAUUUCCACCACCAGUUACGAAGAGAAAAGUGAAACGAGCAAACAGAGCGAAUUUUGAUGUCAGUAGUUUGUCCACGAGACCGAGAUAACUUACAGAGAUCUCUCUGCUUCUCUCGGGAUUUCUUCCCUAAAAAGCUUCUGUUAAUUUGACAGCCUUCCAAAAAACGACGCACCCGGAAAUGAGUGCGUAACGCGGGCCUGGCGAGAAGUGCUCCGUUUCUGGUUUUCGGGCAGCAGUUCAGCACAACAACGACUGCGAGAGCGCGUGAAGGAGCCGAAGAGACUUUGGUUUCUCAAUUUGUCUUGCAAUGAAAGACAUGAACAUUCCGAACGGCAAAGCGGCUAAUGGAGACCUGGAGCUAGACUUAAUAAAUGAGUAUCUAUUGGAGAAGACAAACAAGGAGUUGACAAUAACGCUGCCUGGUCCUCCUCCUCCACCUGUGGAUCAGGACAUCCAGGCAGUUAAUCCACCGCCCAGGAACAGGCGAACCACCAACAAUCCAGUGCUGGUAUCUAGAGGAACAGCUCCACAGAAUUCACUCAGCUUUGACCAGGUCCCCACUGCGCACGCUGAUGGUAUGGCAGCGAUGCAAUCCAUUCGAGGUGCUAAAGGGUCAUCUCAGCGACGGGGACUGGCAUCUGUAGCAACCCAGCGUCGUAUUCCUCAGCAGACAGGUACAGAACAUCUGGAGAUGUUUCUGGAAAAGCCAGACCUGGUGGUGGUGGAGCAGCCCAAGGAGCGCGGCAUGCGUUUCCGCUAUGAGUGUGAGGGGCGUUCAGCAGGCAGCAUCCUUGGAGCCUCCAGCACAGAUUCUAACAAGACCUUACCUGCCAUUGAAAUCCAAGGGCCUAUUGACAAUAUCAAGAAAGUCAUGGUCACGGUGUCUCUUGUGACAAAGGACAUCCCAUACCGUCCACACCCCCACUGCUUGGUCGGGAAAGACUGUACAGAUGGCAUUUGUGUCAUACACAUUAAUCCUCACAGUAAUCGUCGUCACAGUUUUGCAAAUCUUGGCAUCCAGUGUGUGCGGAGGAAAGAACUUGAUGCCUCACUUCAGAAGAGGAGGAAUAAAAAUAUCGACCCUUUUAACACGGGGCACAGUAAGAGCAUAGAAGACAUGGACAUGAACGUGGUCAGACUGUGUUUUCAGUGUGAGCUGGAACAAAAGAACGGAGAUAGGAUCACUCUCAACCCUGUGGUUUCCAACCCCAUUUACGACAAGAAGGCAACCACUACUGCAGAGCUGAAAAUCAAUCGGCUUAAUGUGAUUAGAGGACCCUGCACGGGAAAGACAGAGAUUUACAUGCUCUGUGACAAAGUGCAGAAAGAUGACAUUGAGAUCAUUUUCAGCAUCGAGGACUGGGAGGCCAAAGCAGAGUUUGCUCAGACAGAUGUCCAUAGACAAAUAGCUAUUGUCUUCAAGUCGCCACCAUUCCGGGAGCAGGAUAUUUUGGAAGAAACGGAGGUGAAUGUGUGUCUGCGCCGCAUGUCUGAUCGGAUGGACAGUGAGCCUGUCAAGUUCACCUAUGUUCCAGACAAUGCAGAUCCCUAUGGAGUGAACCGCAAGAGGAAAAUGAAAACUGAUGUGAAGUUCAGCGAGUCCUGCAACAUUCCUCAAAGUCAAGACUUGCUCAUGAAUGAUCCUGGCACAUCUCAACAAUUUGAUCCAUUCUACCCCACCCCAGAGUGUAAUGUCUCGAGUGCUCCCAUCGCAGUCCCUCUUCAGGAUGGUGGCAUCCACAUGCCAUCUCUAACUGUGGAGGAGAUGCUCUAUAACGAAGACUUUAAACAAGAGGACGGUUGUAUUAGCAUGGACCAAGAGGCUUUGAGCUCCUUCCUCCUCCAGUGCUUGGGUCCGCAUGGUUCUGACCAGGUCUAUAACCAACUCAGUUCUGAAUUAAACCUUGUUUUGGAUGGCGCAGAUAUAAAUGUUAACCAAACAAUGUUAAACAUGGCAUCCAUAAACGAUGCACACUUCAGUCAGAUGGUGAGUGAGAAUCAGCCUUAUCCAGCAGAUCUGGAGAACAUUGAAGAGUUCAUGUUCUCCUCUGUGAAGACUGAGAACAACCCGGACCUUUGAAUGCUGAGAUGAACAGUCGCUGCUGACUUUUUAAACAUAUUUUUGAGGCGGUGUUCUGUCGAUUCGUCCUACUUUGUCAGAUUGUCCUACCUCCCAUUCAAAAACUAGGUAGCACAUCUUGAUGGUGAAAUAUGCCACAAAUCAGCUUGUGCUAACAGCGUCAAUUUUUGAUGUGGAGUGAUAUGAGGGCUUGGCCUACCCCUGUCCUUAACCUUAACCUUAGAGCCCUUCAAAUACAGAGUAGGAUUAAAUGUCAGAACACUGCAAUUGACUGCCAGUGAGUUUUGGUUGCCACUAUUUGACUUUCAAUUUGGUAGGGAAUGUUCAGUACUUAUGAAGUAACUGAGGCUAAUGACCGUUAGCAAACGGUAGGCCUAGCAUGUAGCCUAUGUGUUUUGUAAAGGGAGCAACAGAUGCUGCUUAUCUGCUUGUAAUGUGCCAGUUGUGAAUUUUAUUUGGUUGUUGCUAAUUUAUUGUGUGUGUUUCUGAGCUUAGGUUUGUAGUAUUGUGCUUGUCCCCAAUCCAAAUUCACUAACGUGUGUUACUUGAAUCGUGAUAUAACAUUUCUGAAGAGCUGAGAAAUUUCAAUUAACAGCAUUAAAGAGGAAAAAUACGACAUUUAAAGAGAUAGUUCACCCAAAACUGAAAUUCCUGUCAUCAUUUACUCAUCUUUCACACUCGUCCAACACAAAAGAAGAUAUUUGCUUUUCUUACUAUGAAAGUCACAGGUUUUAAGCUGCUUAUAUUAUUUUGUGUUCAACAGAAUAGAGAAACCGAAGUGAACCCCCCUUAAGGGUGAGUAAAUAAUGAGGAAAUUUGUAGUUUUUGGUGAACUAUGAUAAAGACAAACACAAUAAACCUGCCAGUGGCCGUUUCCUAUCUGGAAAUGUAGUGCAUUAUCAUGAUAUCUGGUUUUCCAGUGAGCACUUUUGCAUAGGCUUUGGUUUACAUGUAGAACCUGACUGACAUCUAAAUCUACCAAUCAGUUUGUUUUGUUCAGUGUCAUGUAAAUGUCAUAUGUUAUUCAAAAUACAUCAUAUAAAUGACAUUAAAAGAACCAUAAACAAUUGCUAUAAAACAUUCUAUCAGCAUCUAAAGGCAGUGGAGGUCACGUGCUCUGGUUCCUGGGACAGUAUGGUACUUUGGUCAAGUCGGUGGCUUAGGGAGCGUUUUAGUUUCAUUGGGAAUCGCCACAUUACUGCUUCAAUCUAAACCCUGGUCAUGUUUUAGUAAAACUGAAAUGAAUGUAGUAAAGUGACACAAACAUUUGGAUACUUUGGUCUGUGUAGUAACUAAGUAGAAGUUGAAGGAAGCUGUAUAUACAAUCUUAAACAAUGGAAAGCAUUUUGUUUAUUUUCACAUGUACAUUGGGGGAAAUAAGUUUUGAGCAUGUCAUGUAUUUUCCUGGGAAAGUAUUCUAAAGGAGCUGUUGACAGAAUUAAACCAGAUUUUGGUAAAAACCCAAACAAUACAAACAUAACAAUGUAACAAAACAAUCUGAAAAAAAUAUGUUUAAUAACAAUGAAAUGACACAAGGAGAAAAUAUUGAUCUACUGAACUGUAUUUAAUACUUUAUAUUAAAAGCUUUUUUGGUAAUGGCAGCUUAUAGACAUCACUCAUAUGGAGAAUGAAGUCACAUGCAUUGCUCGGGUGUGCUUUUUUCACAGACUUCAACAGAGUGUAAAAAUCUUGAUGGUUCUGUGGGUCUUGUCUAUCUGAUCUGAUCUUUAAUUGCUAUUUUUAAUUGGAUUCAAGUCAGGUGAUUGGCUGGGCCAUGCUACAGCUUGAUUUUCUUUUUCUGAAAGCAUUUGAGAGUUUCCUUGGCUGUGUUUUGGACCAUUGUCGUGCUGAAGUGUCCACUCUGGUUUCAUCUUGGUAAUGUAGAUGUUGCACUGAAGCAGCUGAUAUUAAAUUACAAUGAGAUAGAGCAGAGCGAUUGAAGAACUGAAGAGAUUUCAGCUGCUGUCUGGGCUUUCACUCUCUUCAUGUGUUCAAUACUUUUUUCCCGUGUCAUUUCAUUUUAUUACACAUAUAUAAUUUGUAAAUUAAUAAAAAAUAGUUUUCUUUGCAUAUAUGGAUUUCUUUGAUUGUUACUGACAUCUGGAAAAAAAUUCAAGUCAACGGCACCUUUAGAAAUAUGUUUUCUGAGAAAAUAGUUAGAUGUUGAAUACUUAUAUCCCGCACUGUAGAUGUGCUGUAAAAUGUCUUCAUUUGCUUGCAAAUAUUGUUGCUUUGCUUCUCAGUGUGUUAUUGUAUUAUAAUUGUGUUUGGAAAAAUAAUUUGACUCAAUUUGACUGUUCCUCUGUGUACUUGCUAUUAGCACUAGAAUAAACUGUCACUUCUUUCUGUCUCAA